AUGUGUAUUGUUUACGUUCUAAGCUUUGUUGGCGCUGCCUUGUUGGAGUUGAUGGCAGUUUGCAAGGGUUGUGCGGUUCUUAAUGAGAGAGAACGCAUGUCUCUAGAGACAAUGAUUGAAACUGAAGAUGAUGCUACGCAUUCCAAAUGGCAUGAUUCACCCAUGGAGCUCCUUGUGCACAUUCUUGUGUUGCGGAUGACUACUCUAUCAUUGUUGCCUCGGGUGUAUGCACUGGCUAGAGAGAUGCAAUUUGUUGACUAUAUCUUUUUGCAAUGUAGAUGUAAGCGGAACAUGAGCAACUUGGUCCUGUCAGCUGUUCCUAGGUUCAACUGUUUGCAAUCUCUUAAUUUACGCCAGAAUCAACACCAACUCAAUGAACAGGCAGUAGAAAUAGUUGUGAAGCAUUGCCAUGAUUUACGUGCUAUAGAUCUUUCAAACAACACACAACUGACAGAUAAAUCUGUAGAGGCAUUGGCAUGUGGUUGUAGUCUACUAGAAAAGCUUAACAUAAGUGGAUGUUCUGGAGUCAGCGAUCAUGCACUUAUCUUUCUAUUAGAGCAGUGCAACAAAUUGAGGCAUCUAAAUUUGUGUGGCUGCGUUAGAGCUGCAUCUGACAGAGCUUUACUGGCACUGGCUCAUAAUUGCUGCCACUUGCAAUCUUUGAAUCUGGGUUGGUGUGAGAUGGUUACUGAUGUUGGUGUUACAGGAUUGGCACAAUGUUGCCGUGAGUUAAGAGCUCUGGACCUGUGUGGUUCUGUGUUAAUAAGAGAUCAAAGUGUUAUUGCAUUGGCUGGAAAUUGCCAUGACUUAAGAUCAUUGGGACUCUAUUACUGCCAAAACAUCACAGAUACUGCCAUGUACUCACUAGUAAAUAAUGGUAUAUAUAGAUCAGUGAAACCAAAUCCCAAACACAAGAGUGGCAAUAAUAAAUUCAACACUGAGCCAGUAUAUCAGGCAAUUGUAGCCCAGGGCUCUCCAAGAUGUGGGCUUGGUGGCAGCGCAGACAGUUGCAGCAGUAAUGAUCGCACUGCAGCUACAAGUCGUGAUUAAAUGGAAUCUGUUUUGAAUGACCAAGAAGAACAUGGUCUAGGGCAUUUAAACAUUAGCCAGUGUACAUCAUUAUCUGCACCAGCAGUUCAAGCUGUCUGUAAUACUUUCCCAGCAUUG